AUGGACCGCCGCGCCGUGCAGCAAUGGCUGCGCGAAGUGUGUGGCCCGCGUGAGCGGAUUUACAUGGAUGUGGACCGUGUCAUGGAUACUUUCCCGGGGCUGUCUCCGCGCACGGAGGUGUACACCUACGACGACGGCCGCACGGCUCUCUUGCUGUGCGUUGGAGGCACGAUUCCUGUGUGUUACCACGGCGUUGUGUAUAAUAUACCCAUUCAUAUGUGGCUGCCGUAUGCGUACCCCACAGAGGCACCGAUCGUGUACGUGGUGCCGACGCAGGACAUGCUUGUCCGGCAGAGCGCGUCUGUUGAGCUGAGUGGGCGUGUGACGGUCGACAACUUGCGUGUGUGGGAGCGCAAGCCAGAGGGCGCCGAUAUUGUCGAGGCCGUGCAUGCGUGCCAGACUGCCUUUGCGCAGGUACCGCCCGUGUACGCAAAACAGGCGCCGAGCACGCAGCCGAGCACGCAGCCGAGCACGCCCAAGCCCCAACGUCCGCCCAAGCCAGGCUCCGUUGAUACACUCCGGACCGCGCCGCCAAGGCCCGAGCGCCCCGACCUUGUGCGUACGGCACCGGAAACGCACCGCGCAGUGACGCCGCCGCGUCCUCCGAAUCCAGAGCUUGUCGCAUUGCAUGCCACGGUGCAUGCGAAACUCACAGCGCGUCUGCGAGAGCUGCGCUCUUCGAUGACAAACGCCAAUGCACAGCUCCGGCUCCUGCAGGAGGAUUUGGCGCGCGGAAAACCUGCGAUCGAGGACGAGAUGCAGCGGCUGCACGCCGUCAAGGCUGUAUGCAUGACCAACGCGGAGCAACUGCGCGCGACCAUUGACGAGGCGCGCGAGCGCACUGCAGAGAUGGAGCAACGCCGCGACACGGACGUGGACGCGAUGCUGGUUGCGACGAGCAUUGUCGAGAACCAGCUGCUGCAGCUGGUCGCGGAGGAUCAGGCGAUCGAGGAUACCCUGUACCAGCUGUGCCGUGCUCUGCAUGCAGAGCACUUAUCGCUGGACCAUUUUAUCAAACACACCCGUAUGCUGGCAAGAGAGCAGUUUCUACGUCGCGCGCUCGUGCAAAAGAUUGUGCGCGGGAUUGGCUGGUAG